AUGACUUUACGUGCUUUCGGUCGACCUUCACUUUUCACUCUCACUCGACGUCUUGCACGACCCCCGAUUGUAGUACCUACUCUCAGAUUAGCCAUGUCUUCCAACUCCCUUUCUGUUGUAUCUACCCAAGACGCACCAUCGGCCAUCGGUCCCUACUCUCAGGCCAUCAAAGCCGGCGGCUUCGUCUUUGCAUCAGGAUGUAUCCCUUUGGUGCCCUCCACCAUGCAAGUCGUCGAAGGCGGAAUUGAACAGCAAACGGCCCAAGCCCUCGCCAACUUGAAAGCUGUUGUCACAGCCAGUGGCAGCGACUUAAACAAGAUUGUCAAGACCACUGUCUUUUUAAAGGAUAUGAACGAUUUCGUCGCUAUGAACCAAGUAUAUGCCGAGUUCUUCGGUUCUCAUAAGCCCGCUAGGUCUGCCGUUGAGGUUGCUCGCCUUCCCAAGGAUGUGCUCGUUGAAAUCGAAUGUGUUGCACUAGCCAAUUAG